GAGCUGUUUUUGUUUAAAUAUCAAAUCUUGCUACUCUUCCACAGACCAUGUCAUCAAGCCUGAAGGAUUUCAUCCAUUCCUUGGAUCCAAAAUCUCUUCCUAGGAUUCUGCAAAUCCAGUCUGGCUUUUAUGAUGAAGGCUCUACUGAGGAGAAGUUGGGCCAUCUAUGCUCUUUGUCAACAGGAGACGUGAUUAAAGUUGUUGGAUUUAAAGUGAAAACACUCAUUGCAAGUAAUUGUGAAAAUGAAGAUGAAAGCCUGAAUCUCACUACAGUGGAGCUACCUUUAAAUUUCCCAGGACUUUGCAGGAUAGUGGCUGAUAAAACUCCAUAUUCUAGCAUUGAAGAGAUUGUGAGAAAAGUUUUGAUUGGACCAACAGCACUGCAACAACCUUGCUUCUAUUGCUCUGAGGAUCUAAAAGCAGAAAAGCUGACCAUCAGAAAAGGCGAGAAGAUUAUUUUCAGAUCUGUGGAAGACAGCAAGGGGAUGAUGAUCAUGCAUGGUGAAGUAACAAGGAAUGGCCGACUUCAUGGCUUUGUUUUGCCAGUCUCCACGGUCACCAGAGGAGACUUCUAUGAAUGGAAAGAUGACCAGACUUAUACUCUGAAGGAGAUUGCUGAAUGGAAAAUCCCAAAGAGCAGAUGUCGGAGUGUGAUAUUUACUAAUCCUUCCAACACUGGGGAUUCUACCAAUGUGUUUCCUGCAGGUUUUGAUGGCUCUGUUGUUCUCACACCAAUAUAUGAAGUACAAGCAGUGAUGAAAUUUCAGAAAGAGAUUGUUCACUUCCUUUCCAAUUUAGAUGUUGAAGUCAAAGAUGUAACUCACAGUUACAAUAUUAACAGUUUCCUUCAGCCAUUGUCAAUGGAAGAUAUAUUAGAAAGGAGUGAAUUUCCAAUAGUUGUUGCACUAAUUGAAGGGUCCAUAGGAAACAAGCAGUCAUGCAAUGUAUUGUACCCUGGUAAAGAAUUAGUCAUUUACAAAAAGCAUCAGGCAACAAGAAUCUUAGCAUCUGAGAUCAAGAGAGAUUUAUUUAAAAGACACUUUUUAAUUCCUACCAGCUACAAAGGAAAAUUCAAAAGAAAAUUCCGGGAGUUUCCAACUGCCUAUGACUUAGAAAUAGCAAAGAGUGUGAAAGAGCAGCUUCAUGUUAAAGCUACCAAAGCCUUUGAGUCUCCUCAUGAAGAAUUGCACUCUGUUUCUAUUGGGGACCAGUUUCUAGUUCCACAGUGCCAGACAAGUGAAAUUGUGGAUCAGGAACAAAAGAAAGUAGAAAAUGCUUUGGCCUGUGAACAAAUCCUAUCACCAAACAAUUGCAAGAAUGUACUUCUUCCAAUGUGUUUGGAAGGGGGCUUUGUUGAAAUUGUCCAUGACAAGAGACAAUACGAACUUUUGGAGCUUAUCAGGGAUUUCUGCCUCCCGUUUAAUGUCAAAGUUUCCAUAGGAGAUCUUUCCACCCAGGAAGACAUUUUGGCUGACAUACCAUGUCUGCAGCUUGAAGAAGAAAUCACAGAUUCUUUCUUGCUUAUCAGCAGUUUAAGCAACCCCACAGAAAUCUGGGAAGUUCCAGUGCAUAAUUUAAAUAUGACUUUCCAAUUGCUGAGAAAACAUGGCAAAGAUAUUAUGUAUUUCCCAGAAAAGUCUACUGUGGAAGAGAUUACUGAAGAACAGUAUUGCAUGAUGAGAAGAUAUAAAAAUCAAGCAAAAAAUCCACCACCCAGACCUCCUAAAACCAGUAUACCAGAAAAAACCAAGACAACUGUACCAGCUGAAAAUGAUUGUGCUUCACUACGACCUGUAAAGAAUUUUUAUGUGGAUACUGUCAAGAAACAGCUCUCAGAUCAAGCUGCUGCUGUUUCCGGAUUACAGUUGAGUUAUCAAAGUGAUUUGGAGCACCAGGAAAACAAAGAGGACGUUUCUGGGACAGCUACAUUAGUGGAAGAUUUAGCAAAGAACAUGCUUGCGAAGUACAGGACAGAAAAUAAACCAAAGGUUAGGCAUGACUUGGAUGAUGAAAAUGAAAACGCAACGGAGAGCCUUACAAAAAUGGUUCAAGAAAAUACAGUUAAUAAAGCGAAGCCACUAAAGAAGAGAGAUGAAAAAAAAUCAUCUGGGAACUCAAUGAUUUAACUUUGUCAAAAGGGAGUGCAC